AUGAAUGUAAAUGACGAAAACGGGUAUUCUAAUUAUUCAACACAGCCCCUAAAUAUGAGCGCUGUUGAGCAUGUAACUCAUGAUGAUGAGCCAGCUACUAGCGGCUCAAACUUGCUGGCUGCUGCUGUCGAUACAGCUGGUGUGGAAGAUCAUGAUGAAGCAGAUGAUGGCAGAUCACUGUCGGAAGCUAGCGGCUCGAAAGAGUCCAGCGAUUUGAAGGCCUCUAGCGUCGAUCAAUCCAUGGUUCAUACGGCGAUUACUGUAAACGAUAAUCCCUUUAUAGACCAGGAGGAAAAGCUUUUUGGAAUUAAUGGAAAUGGAAGCACAGAGGUUUAUGAUGGCAGGUCAGCGAAGGUAAAGCCUUUCCAAAAUGGGAAAUCUCUGGUCAAUCCCAAUGAUAUUUACCAAGAUGACUUGGAAGACCUUUUACCACUAAACCAUGGACCAUCUGAAACGACACGUAACAGUAGUGGCGACGAUAGCAUCAGUGUUUCAAAUCAUAAUGGUGUACCGCCCAGUUCGCACAAUGACAUUGUUGCAGUUGGAAACGCAAAGCACGAAAUUAAUAGGCGCCCAAAGGCACAAAUACUAGAGGCCAACAAGCUAUCCGAAGGUCAAGGUAGAACUUACAUUGCUUAUACUAUCAGGUACGAAGAUUCUCUGGUUCGGAGAAGGUAUAGCGAUUUCGAGAGCUUAAGGAAUAUUUUGGUCAAGCUUUUUCCCAUGACUCUAUUGCCACCUAUACCGGAAAAGCAAUCCUUUAAGACUUAUGGGAAAGCGAUAGCCGGAUCUAAAUCGAAUUAUUUGCUGCCUUCAGAAGGGACAGGAUCGGUGGAUUUGUCACUUUCUGUUAUCAAUGGAUCUGUGAACAAUAGUGAUGAGAGACUUAUACGGCACAGAAUAAGAAUGUUAACAGGAUUCCUGAACAAGCUACUUCAAAAUGAAGAGAUUACAAAGACCACUAUUAUUUCUGAUUUUUUAGAUCCUAAUAAUUCUAAUUGGAAUGACUUCGUGACGAGUUCGGCAACCUUUUCUUCAUUGCCAAAAAGUGUCCUUCAAUGCAACCCACUAGAUCCAACUAACACGACAAGAAUUCAUGCUUCAUUACCAGUUGUACAUUCUACGUCACAGUCCAUUUUGAACAAAGACAGUUCAUCUGCAACUUUGGAGAGCAAAGAUGGGUUUGUUACCAUUGAACAGGACUACAAAAGAUAUGAAAGUAUUUUGAACAAUGGAUUAUAUAAAUACAAUAGGAGAAUUACGAAAAACUUUCAUGAUUUAAAAUGUUUGAUCAAAGAACUGGGCGAAGCGUAUGCCCAAUUUGCUACCAAUCAGAACCGUGGAGCGGACUUGGCAGAACAAUUUUCCCACAUUAGUGAUACCUUUGACGAGUAUUCCAUACAAUUAGAUAAUCUAGUUGGGAAAUUUUAUUACAAUAUUAAUGAGCCGCUGAGUGAGUGUGUUCACAUGGCCGGAUCCGCUAAGGAUUUAAUAAAAUAUCGCAAGUUGAAGCUAAUGCAAACUGAUAUGAUAAAAAAAUCAUUGCAAAAUAAAAAACAACAACUAGCUAAAUUGCAGGAACACGAAAAAGAUGUACAGGAUGUCGAAAGUCAAGUAAAUGAAGAGGUAGGUAGUAGUCAAAAGAUUAAUUUGCAGCAUCCUCAGCCUAGAUCAUAUAGUGGUAAACUGUUCAAUAAAUUCAAUAAAUUGGCAACAAUGGUCAAGGAAUCUGUCAGCUACCAAGACCCUGAUCUUCAUACGACUAUGGAAAGCUUGAAGAAGGAUAUCAAGGAAUUAGAGAAAUCAUCAAAAGUUUGUGAAAGUGAUAUGACUGUUAUAACUGAGGUUAUAAAAGAUCAACAAUUGAGCGCUUUUUCCAAACAAAGGGAGCAAGAACUAGUGAGCAUCUUAGAAAACUAUUCCAAGUACAUGCGAGAGUAUGCAGAGAAAAAUUUGGAGAUAUGGCGUGAGAUUAAGGCAAAACAAGCGCAGUAG